UAUGGUUAAAAUCAUUUCGCGUACACAUCAAUCGACAGCUCUGCGGCGAGUCGACCGACAUCAAGAUGAAUACAACGGGCAUACGAGCUUUACAACCAUCCCGGUUAUUACCAUCUAUACGCAGAACGACAGAGAAAGGAGGCUAUCGAUGUUUCUCUUGCUCAAUCCGGCAGAGCCUGCAGCAGUCUUCGCCGCGAAAAGUGCCGCCCCAGAAAGAUGAAGCUGGACGGACAACGCAUUUUGGCUUCGAGACGAUAGAUGAGUCAUUGAAGGAAUCAAAGGUCAAAGGAGUGUUCUCCUCGGUGGCGUCCUCGUACGAUCGCAUGAACGAUCUCAUGUCCCUUGGCAUCCACAGGCUAUGGAAAGACCACUUCGUCCGCGAACUAGACCCUGGAUCGCCAUCAGUAUCGGGAUCAUUACAUUCCGGAUCAGAGGAAAAAGGAUGGAAUAUACUUGACAUUGCAGGCGGAACCGGGGACAUUGCGUUCCGCAUGCUCGACCACGCAACCACGAUCAACAGCGAUCACAAGACUCGCGUCACAGUCGCAGACAUCAAUCCCGACAUGCUGGCAGAAGGGAAGCGACGGGCGCUUGAGACGCCAUAUGCGCGAUCGGAGCGCCUUUCGUUCAUGGAAGCCAACGCGGAAAAGCUGCCGACCAUCCCGAGCAACAGCGUCGACCUGUACACCGUCGCAUUCGGGAUCCGAAAUUUCACCGACAAGCAACAGGCCCUGCACGAAGCAUUCCGCGUGCUCAAGCCCGGUGGUGUGUUCGCCUGCCUCGAGUUUUCAAACGUGAACAACCCGGUCUUCAAUUACGUGUACAAGCGGUGGAGCUUCGGCGCGAUACCGCUAAUCGGGCAGAUUGUGGCCGGGGACCGGGACAGCUAUCAGUAUCUCGUCGAGAGCAUUGAGAAGUUCCCCAGCCAGCCGGAGUUCAGGGAUAUGAUCAAGACGGCAGGCUUCAUGGUGCCGGGCCAGGGCUGGGAGGACCUGAGCGGGGGUAUUGCGGCGAUUCACAAGGGCGUCAAACCCAAGACUUCAUCGUCAUAAACGCGCUCGCCAGUUGUGACAUGAAAGCCAAGAAACGCGGUCUGGUGAUCUCCACCGGUUGAUGCGCCGCGCUUCGUCGUGCACACUUUCUGCAUGCAAUCAGUACAUCUACGCAGAGCGUUCGUUGGCAAAAGCGCGAAAUCGGGCCGUCCAGUAGCCUGAAAUAGCUUCCGGGCGGCAUGUAACAUUAUGUACUGUACAUAGCAUAGAUAUACAUAUAUAUAGCACAAUAGCCGAAGGACAAUCCAAUAGGAUCACGCGAGUCUGACUC